AUGGGUUCAGAUAAAUGUAAUGCAUUACUCGUGACUUGUAUACGAAGAUCUCAAAAGAAAUUUGAUUUCGAAGAUAUUGUAGAGAUUAAAAUUGAGGAUGAUGGAGAAGGAAAAACAAAGUCAAAAAAGGGCGGUGAAUUACAGAAACAUCGCUCUAAUAUGACAGAGAUACUAAUGAAUUCAAAUGCAACGCCGAUUCGUUGUCGCGGGGGUAUAGGUUACGCUUGCUGCUUUUGCAGCGACCAAUUUCCCGAUCCCGCUGAUCUCAAAACGCACACAAUCGAAUCUCACGACGAAAAAACUAAAUUAAACUUCAUGAAAGGAAAAGAUAUGUACAAGUUUCAUAUAAAACUCGAUAUAACGAACUUAAAAUGCAUCGUCUGUAACAGCAGUAUCGACACAUUGGAGAAAUUAAUGGAGCAUCUGAAAAUCGUUCAUGGCAAAACUAUAUUUACCGAUAUAAAAAAUCAGGUUUUACCAUUCAAAUUUGAUAGCGAUAUACUUAGGUGUUUCAUUUGUACGAACGUCUAUCAUAAAUUUAAAUCGUUACUAGAGCAUAUGAAUGUUCAUUAUAGAAAUUUCAUUUGUAAGGUCUGUGAUGCGGGAUUUGUUAGCCGAGCUAUACUCACUCAGCACGCGGAAAGCCAUAAGCUGGGGACCUUUAAGUGCGACCAUUGUCCUAAAAUAUUCGACACGGCGAGGAAGAAACGGUCACAUGAAAAGUGCGUUCACACUCAUUCGGACACACUUAACAAGUGUGGAUACUGUACCGAGAAAUUUAAGGACUAUCGGAAGAAGGAAAGACACCUUGUCGAAGUGCACGGAAUCAACAACAAUUUGAAAUGUCAAGCUUGUGAAAAAACUUUCGCUAAUCAAAAGGAACAUACCGUCCACGUGAAAAGACUUCAUCUAAUGGAUAGGAGGCACAAUUGCACCGAGUGCGAUAUGACCUUCUUUUCUUCAGCGGAAUUGAAGAGUCAUUUCGUUAAGCAUACGGGACUGAGGAAGUUUGAAUGCGAGAUCUGCCACAAGUCCUAUGGGAGAAAGAAGACUUUACGGGAGCAUAUGCGAAUACAUGCAGGUAAAAGAGUCAAGAAAUCAGAGCCCACUGUCAUAAAGAUCAAUAUAAAAGAAGUGGAAAAACCGAAUAAAAUCAAAAUUUUAACAAUAAAAAAGUUAUCAGAUUACCAGGUUGAUAUACAAAAACAUAGAACUAAUGUAAAGGAAAUAUUACAAAGCUCUAACGCGACGCCCAUUCGCAGUCACACUGAUAACGGUUACAGUUGUUGCUUUUGUCCGAGUCAAUAUCACGAUCCCGCUGAAUUGAAAAAACACAGUUUAGAGCACGUCCCUAACUUAAACUCCAAAAAUAUUCUAAAAGUAGUUCCUGGAGAUCUGAACCAACUCUGCAUAAAGUUAGACAUCACUAAUCUAAUUUGUAAGUUAUGCGGUAUCACUAUAGAUUCCAUUGAAAACUUAAUCGACCAUUUAAAGAACGUGCACAAAAAGCAAAUUUUCACGGAUAUAAUACAUCAAAUGCUUCCCUUCAAAUUUGAUAGCGAAAAUCUUCAGUGUUACAUUUGCAAGAACAUAUUUAAUAAGUUUAAAAAAUUGAUGGAACAUAUGAACGUUCAUUACAGCAAUUUCAUGUGUGACGUCUGCGACGCAGGUUUUCUUAAUAGAAGAAAACUGUACUUCCACAAAGUAACGCACAACACUGGUACAUUUCCAUGCGACCAAUGUCCGAAAGUCUUCAGCACGUACAACAACAAAAGGUGCCACGAGAGGCAGUACCACGAUAAGGCAAUGUUGAUAAACAAAUGCGGUAUCUGCAACGCGCUAUUCAAAAACAGUCGCCAGAAAGACAAGCAUUUGGUGACCGAGCAUGGCGUUUCGUCUUUUGCAAGAAAAUGUCAAGCUUGCGACAAAACUUUCGUUCAUCAGAACGCUAUGAUGAUACACAUGAAGAGACAUCAUUUAGUGGAGAGGCCGCACAAGUGUUCAGUGUGUGAAAAAGGUUUUUUUUCGACUUCGGAGCUUAGAGCUCACAUGGUCAAACACACUGGAGAGCGGGAGUAUAAGUGUGACGUGUGCUUGAAAUCGUAUGCGAGGAAGUGGACCUUGCGUGAACACAUGCGUAUACAUGCGGAUGAUAGGAAGUUUAAGUGCGAACAUUGUGGACAGGCGUUCGUGCAGAAGUGUGUUCUACGUAAAACCAAAGACAGAACGAAAUCGAAAACAGGUCACAGAGACGAAGAUUCCGUAGAACAAUUAAAAGCUACUAAUAUAGCCCUGCCUAAAGCAAGGCAGGGGGAGCAGUUAGAGAAACAUCGUUCCAACGUUAGAGAAAUUAUAUUGUGGACGAACGCGACACCGAUUCGGUGUAGAGGCGGUAUCGGCUACGCUUGCUGUUUCUGUACAAACCAAUUCCCAGAUCCAGCAGACUUGAAGAAACAUUCUAUUGAAGACCACGACGAUGAAACCAAAUCUAUAUUCAUGAAGGGGAGAGAUAUGUACGGGUAUUUAGUUAAAUUAGACAUCACGGCGUUAAAAUGUAAACUAUGCGAAGCGAACAUUGAUACUCUCGAACAAGUGAUGGACCAUUUAAAGGAUAAUCACAAUAAAAAUAUUAGUACCGACGUACCGAAUCAUAUCUUACCUUUCAAAUUCGAUAGUGAAAACCUGCGGUGUUUUAUGUGUCAUAAUGUUUUCAACAGAUUUAAAGCACUCCAAGAGCACAUGCAUACUCACUACAGGAACUAUAUUUGCAAAGUCUGCGACGCCGGAUUCGUAAAUCGCCAUCUUUUACUCUGUCACAACGAAGGUCACAAAACAGGGACGUUCGCUUGCGACCAAUGCGCCCAAGUAUUUGACACUAUACGGAAGAGAAAGCUACAUGAACGUAAAGUUCAUAAUGGGUUGAACAUGCCACAUAAAUGCGGAUAUUGCAAUGAGCGGUUUAAGGAGAAUUGUCAUAAGAAUGAGCAUCUUGCCAAAGUUCAUGGUGUGGUUGGACCAUUGAUUAAAUGCCAGGCGUGUGACAGAACGUUCGCGAGUCAGCAGACUUGGUUACUGCAUAUGAAAAAGUAUCAUUUGAUGCAGCGUCAGCAUAAAUGCACGAGGUGCGAAAUGGAUUUCUUUUCGAAGAGAGAGCUAACUGAUCACAUGGUUAAGCAUACCGGUACGAGGGAGUAUAGAUGCGAACUUUGUUUCAAGUCUUAUGGGAGGUUAAAGACCCUAAAGGAGCAUAUAAGAAGAAUACACCCAGAAGAUCGUGAUUUCAAGUGCGCUCAUUGUGGACAAUCGUUUGACAAAAGUUUUGCGUUGAAGUGUCAUAUAAGCGCUAAACAUGGAGAUAUUGUUUAAUUUUCAUUGAAUAUUGGUAUAUUUUAAAUAUUUAACCAAAUAGAUUUUAAUCGACUAAUUUAAUGUGUUGGAGUAUUUUAUUUAUGCAAAUAAAUUUUAUUUUUAUUAUAAA